CGCUGAGGCAGCCUGCCAUCUAGCUUUUUCACAGCAAAACAGACUUUCAGACUGCAGAUGAGAGAGUCAGGAGCAGAGACAAUUUUAACUUAGCCAUCCCUAAUUUAUCUCAAGCCUUUUUCUAUUUAUCUUCACUGCUGUAUGCACACUGGAACACCAGGCUGCCGUCCUCUGGGAAACAGAACGCAACCAGGAAUCUUGGAGAGGUGUCACAGCCUGAGAAAUAUUCAAAUUGCACUGAUUUUCUCCUGGAGUACUGAGCAGAAGGAAUGAAACUCUCCAUCAAGUCCCUGUUUUGCAGGCAAUAGAUCAGAGGAUAUUGUCAGUUUUCUUGAUGGAUUAUUGUUAUUGGGCAGGUUCUUCCUGAAGACUUCAAGAAAACUGUGGAGGCUUGCAAUCCUAAAUGCAAUACUGGUAUGGAGUUUCAGCUCUACCACCAUGGUUGAAAACAGCAAGAGCAAAAAAGAGAUGCCCUAUGCCUUUCUCCAUAUGAGAUUCACACUGAAUUAUCUGGACAAAAUGAGAUGCUUGAGAAAGCGAUCUGCAGUUUCCUUCCUAGGAGUCCUUGUCAUCUGCUUGUUGUUCAUGAACUUAUACAUUGAAGAUAGCUAUGUCUUGGAUGGAGACAAACAGUUAAUCAGAGAAACAGCCACACAUCAAUUAAACUCAGAGCGAUAUGUUCACACAUUUAAAGAUCUGUCCAAUUUCUCAGGAUCAAUAAAUGUUUCCUACCGCUAUCUGGCUGGCACACCUUUGCUAAGAAAAAGGUAUCUUACCAUUGGACUGUCCUCUGUCAAAAGGAAAAAGGGGAAUUAUUUGCUGGAGACAAUCAAGUCCAUCUUUGAGCAGUCAAGUUAUGAAGAGCUGAAGGAAAUUGCAGUCGUGGUCCACCUGGCAGAGUUUGAUUCCUCCUGGUGUGAUGGGAUGGUUCAGGAUAUUUCACAGAAAUUUGCCCAUCAUGUAAUUGCUGGGAGAUUAAUGGUGAUCCAUACGCCUGAAGAAUACUAUCCUGUAUUGGAUGGCCUUAAGAGAAAUUAUAAUGACCCAGAGGACCGAGUGAAAUUUCGUUCCAAGCAAAAUGUAGAUUAUGCUUUCUUGCUUAACUUUUGUGCUAACCUUUCUGAUUAUUAUGUGAUGCUAGAAGAUGAUGUUCGGUGUGCAAAAAACUUCUUGACUGUUGUGAAGAAAGUCAUAACCUCACGAGAAGGAACAUACUGGGUGACAUUAGAAUUUUCAAAGUUGGGCUACAUUGGGAAGUUGUACCAUUCCCAUGAUCUCCCUCGCCUGGCUCAUUUCUUGCUGAUGUUCUACCAGGAAAUGCCUUGUGACUGGCUGCUGAUACAUUUCCGUGGGCUGUUGGCUCAAAAGGAUGUGAUACGUUUCAAACCAUCUCUCUUCCAGCAUAUGGGAUAUUAUUCAUCCUACAAGGGUGCUGAGAAUAAAUUGAAAGAUGAUGACUUUGAAGAGGAUUCAUUUGACCUUCCUGAUAACCCACCUGCCAACCUGCACACUAACAUGAAUGUAUUUGAAAACUAUGAAGCAAGCAAGGCAUACAGUAGCGUCGACGAGUACUUCUGGGGCAAAGCUCCCUCGACUGGAGACUUCUAUAUGAUCGUCUUUGAAAAACCUAUUAAAAUUAGCAGAAUUAAAGUUGUCACUGGGACAGAAGACCGACAAAAUGAUAUCUUGCAUCAUGGGGCUCUGGAAGUUGGGGAAAAAAUUGUUGGUGGCAAAAAAGGGAGGCAAUGUACUACUUUCUUGCGGCUAGGGGAGUUUAAAAAUGGAAACUUUGAAAUUACAAAUGUGGAGCACAAAGUUCUUUUUGAUAUUAACUGUAUGAGAAUACUUGUUACCAAAAGCCAAAAGGAAUGGUUGAUCAUUCGGAGCAUUAGCAUAUGGACUUCACAGAGCCCAAGUCAAUAAGGCAAAUGUACCACAGUAGGUUUUCCCCUUCCUUAUAAGGGAAGCUGGCCCCGUCGCUUGAAUCCCAAAAAUGGUGCCACUCCCUAAAUGACUCCACCCAACCCGAUUUUUACUAAAGACAUUGUCAAUCUUGGAAAUCAUAAAACAAACAAAAGCAAUCUAGUUUUUACUGGUUCAGUCAGGCAAUAUACAACUACUAGUUUGAUGGAAUGUUUGAAUUUUUUUAGGAAGUGCAAACAAGUUCUUGUUCAUCUCUCGAGCUCCAAAUCCACUUCUCUGUUGUUUUCAUCUCCCCUCUGGGGGGAAAUCCAAUGUACUAACAAAGCAAGUGCUGUUUCAUUAUUUAAAGGUUUUGUAGGCCUGUGCCAGUAUAUUGUCAAAAGAAUUUGACUCCAUCGUAUCCACAUAUAAAUUAAAAAUGUAAUGGUG